AUGACAAAAACCUCAUAUCCUUCAUUCUCCUCCGUACUUUCGAAUUAUCAUGGACAUAAUCGGAUCACCAGUCGGGAAAGUGAUUCCAACGCUCCUUCACAACCAUUUGUAAUUACUUCACAGUUUGAACUCCCAAUAGCCACCCGAUUUUCUUCUUCCAUAUUUGGUGCGUCCUCAACAUAUGAAGAUUACCGCAUCGAACAUUUGGACAUAGAUGCGAAUUGGUAUCGAAAAUAUUUUAUAGGAAAAGAGCAUCUGACGUUAGUAGGUUAUGUGGAACCGUACGAACCUGUGGUCAUCUCGAUGGUACUAGACGAUCGAACGACGGCCGACGCCAAUUGCGAAGGCGUAUAUUGGUAUCGAUAUAUCAUGCGUAAGAAGGAGUUACCCGAUAAUAGAGGUUUGAUCAUCGGCCCACCUAUGUCCCCCGGAGGAGAGAUGCCAUCAGAAGGAUUGCUAAAGAUGAUUUCAAGAGGUCUCAAUCGUCAGAAGCUGAAUAAGUUUGUAUUAACUCCCGACUUGACAAACCAGCUACUAAGCCUGGACGAAACUAGACUCCAAAAAUGCUACAAGAUUGGUGUAUUAUACUGCGCCCCCUGGCAACAAACGGAGGAAGAGUGGUUUUCCAAUACAACCACAUCAACAAGUUUCGAUAAGUUCCUGACGAUACUGGGCACUAAAGUUCGACUGCUGGGUUUCAAGGGGUUUGCAGGUGGGCUGGAUACGCGUAACGGUGGGUCGGGUGAUUAUUCGAUUUACGAUAGAGGAACGUGGAAAGAUUUCGAAAUAAUGUAUCACGUGUGCACUCUCCUUCCGUAUGAAAGGUUCGAUAAACAUCAGAUCACAAGGAAAAGACAUAUAGGAAAUGACGUGACCUGCAUCGUUUUUCAAGAUGUUCGCAGACCAUUUGACCCGUGCACGAUACGUUCCCAAUUUUUACAUGUUUACGUGGUGGUCAGUCCCGUGCGAAAAGAUGCAUACCAUGUAGACAUAGUGUGCAAAGAAGGCGUUCCAUAUUUUGGUCCCGCGCUGCCGGAACCGCCAAUCUUUGAUGACCCAUUGAAACUGAAGAGAUUUCUGGUUGCUACAGUCAUAAAUGGCCGUAACGCCGCGUGGAAGGCACCGAAACUGUCGGAACCAUUCCUAAGAGCACGUGGUGCAAUUAUACAGGACAUUGUUGACAAGUUGGUUCCUCCACAACUCGCAUCUGCAACAUCCCUGUCUUCGAAGAAAACUUCACAGGAUUUCAUAUUAAAGAGGCUAUUGAAGGAACAUUUAAAAGUUGGCGUACCUCCACCCUUAGAACAACUCAAAACGCUUCUUGAGAGAGGUGCCAAUCCUAACAUUCGAAUAUCCCAGCCAAAACAGCCGUCGUCACCAGUGACACCAACAUAUAUCAUCUCUCGUCAUUCAUCACUGGACGACUCCAGACCAUCGCAACACCCCAUACAUAAAUUUCCUAAUGUGCUGUUUGCUGUAAUCACGCUGUGUGACGAUCCUUUAUACUGUAAAUUAUUGAUCAAUUAUGGCGUUGAUGUAGCGCCAAAGGACCCUCAUUUUCCUAACGCGUUUACUUUUGCAGCAAGGCACAAGAGGGUCGAAAUCAUGAAAUGUUUGCUAGAGAGUGUGCCAGGAUUGGGUAAUGCGGAAAGUGUCGGCCUCACAACCGUAGAUAGUAUUGACAGCAGUGGUGGUGGAACGAGGACGAGAGAGAUAAAGAAGAUGUGGA